GAACCGGAGGGCGGGACUACAGCGGCGUGGGUUCGGCUGGGUGACACAAUUAUAACAACUUUAGCUCCGUGGCCGUGGAGGAUUUUAUGGUCAAAUACACACUUUUAACGGACCCUUCUUCUAUUUUUCUUGCUUUGCAUUGCAACACAACCGCACUUGCGUUGAAAAUGUGACGCCCCGAAGGAAGGAACUACCGGAGAGUAGUGUUUUUCUCUCUCUCCAGCUCAAAAAGGGGAUUGUACCACCAUCAAAAUCGCAUUUUUUUUUUAAUCCGGGGAGAAAAGUUUUUGAUCAUUUCUCUCUUGUCUUUUGCUACAACAUUUUCCGAUUCGGCGGAUCGAUACACGCUGGUUUCGAGUCUGCGAUCCCAUGCAAUCGUGCGCCGCCGCUUCGCUCGCCGCCGCCGCCGCCUGCGCCGCCGCGCCGCGGAGCCGCGUCGCCGCCUCGGCCUCUGGUGGGGAUGAGGAGGAGAAAAUGGCGGCGGGAAAAGCCAGUGAAACCGAGGAGGACUUUCCGACACUGACAGCCCCGGAGAGGGAGCGUCUGGCCGGCAUGGACAGUUCACUGUUUGGAUUCCAACGGCUUCAUGAAGAUGGCGCCAGAACGAGGCCCCUGCUGAUGAAGGCGGUGCGCUGCUACGACUCUCUCAUCCUGAAGGCCGAGGGCAAGGUGGAGCCGGAGGUCUUCUGCCAGCUGGGACACUUCAACCUCCUCCUCGAGGACUACCCCAAAGCAUUAUCCGCAUACCAGAGGUACUACAGUUUACAGUCGGACUACUGGAAGAAUGCAGCCUUUCUCUAUGGACUAGGCAUGGUGUACUUCCACUACAAUGCCUUCCAGUGGGCGAUCAAGGCCUUCCAGGAGGUGUUGUACAUCGACCCGGGCUUUGCCCGAGCAAAGGAGAUCCACCUGCGGCUCGGCCUGAUGUUCAAGGUCAACACGGACUACGAGUCGAGCCUGAAGCAUUUUCAGCUGGCUUGAUUGACUCAAACCCCUGCACUUUGUCUAAAGCUGAAAUCCAGUUCCACAUCGCCCAUCUGUAUGAGAUUCAGGUAGGAACCCGCCGGACCCCGUCACUG